AUGACGGCAGGUGUAACUGGCCUUGCGAUUGCACAUGGACUUCAGAAAGCAGGCAUCCCAUUCAAGAUCUUCGACCACGAGCCCAAUGCCUCUGCUCGCCCUCGAGAAUGGACCAUGGGUCUACAUUGGGCAUUACCCCUCCUCAAAUCGCUACUCCCUGACAAGUUGGCUUCGAGGCUAUCGGAAGCAUAUGUCGACUCAUCUUUAGAUUGGACACAGUCUCCACUUGAUCGCAUGCGUAUGUACAAUGGACUGACCGGAGAUAUCAUGAAGGACAUCCCGAUCAAAGGGCAAAUAGUUCGUGUAUCGAGGAGAAAGUUGCGAACCUUUUUGACAGAGGGUACUGAUGUCAAGUACGGCCACUCACUGACAGACAUUCACUACAACGCCGACAACACAAUCACCGCCAUCUUUGCCAACGGAGCCACAGAGACAGGAUCGUUGGUUGUUGGAGCCGAUGGCCCUCGCUCAGCGGUUCGUGGUCUUCUUCUCAGUGAGGAAGAAGCUUCCGUCAAGCCUUUGGAAAAUGUGAUUCACACCAACAUCACUUUCUGUCCUCAGGAAAAAGAGAAGGCACUAUUCUUGAGGUCUGCUCAUCCCGCUUGGAGUAUAUGUUUACAUCCAGACUUGUUCUGUAUGCUUUCUGUACAAGAUACGCCAGCUGAAGACCCCACCACUUGGUCUUUCCAACUCGUCUCCGGGUGGUUGGGCUCAUGCUCCUCCUUCCCAACUUCCUCAUCUCGCAUCACAGAGCUCAAAAGAAGAGGCAACCUCCUCUGCGAACCCUUCAAGUCAGCUUUUGACUGCCUGGAUGGAAAUCUGGAUUGCAGAUAUGAAGAAUUGAGUUGUUGGGAAACCAAAGAAUGGGAUUGCCAGAACGGAAGAGUCGCUCUAGCCGGUGAUGCAGCGCAUGCCAUGCCACCUCAUCGCGGACAAGGACUAAACCAUGCAAUUCAAGAUGCUUAUAAUCUCGUGGACAUCUUGACGAAACACUACGCGCCUGGCUCUACCAGCUCUGAUCUAUCAUCGGAGCUUCAGUCAUAUGCCAACGAAGUCAGCAUACGUGGAGCAGAAGAGGUCAGAUUGACCAAGCAAAACGCAUACAUGGUUUUGGAUUGGAAGUUGUUAGAGCAAAGUCCCGUCUUCAAACACGCGUUGGACAGAAGUCCCGUCGUCGACAAGAAAGAAGAGAAGGAGGUCGAGACUGCACAAAAUGAAGUCACAGCUAUGGCCGGAGCUUGA